AUGGAGCAGUUCUAUAAUGAAACCGAUAUGGCAAUCAGUCCAGGAGAAACCCCAACUUUGAAUCCAUCUCAGGUAAAUAGGCGCUAAUUAAAAUUGGAUAGGACUCACUGCUAAAUUGUAAUCGUCGCGGCAGCGGACGGGCUUUCACGUAAGAUUGCGGUAGAGUAUUUGGGGUGAUAAUAUCUGCUUGUGCACAAUUCAGCACAAUUGUGCUGAAUUCAUGGCCUACAUUUAUGAUAUACAACAGAUCGAAGCUGAAGAAUUAGACCAGGAGAUAGGAUCACGAAAUGUGAGCCGACCCAGCACGUACCGACAGCUUUCUCUGCUACUUUCUUGUGUAACGCUUCUCAAAAAUAAUCUGGUGUUCAUCGAAUGUUUUUUCAAUCAUGGAGGAAGUGAGUUGUAUUGGGUUGAUCAAUAAUCUCGGCAAAUCUCUGUAUUUUUUGCCCAAAGCUUACGCAACUUUAGCUGGCAAGUUGCGCAAAAGCUGUGUAAAAAAGCUGUGUUUAUUUAUUUGUACAAGACUUUUGAAACCUGGGCCCGCUGCGCAGGCCGAGCUCAGGCUCGGAAGCGGCUAGGUCGCUUGUUUCUUUCUCAUAACCAUUCGAAAGUUGACGUGUUUAUUUCUCAAUUCCUCCGUCACAUUUUUUUUUUCAGAGUUGAAGUGGGGACGAACAAACAGAGAAAUAAACAAAGAGACAAACAGAGGGACAAACCCGUGAAGAGUUAUAUUAAUAAGAAUGAUCUUGGUUUGUCCGCACACGUUUUCAUUUCUGUGACGGAGAAGUUAAGAAAUGAACACGUGUAUUUUCGAACGGUUAGAAGAAAAUAACUAGCUGCGGAGCUGCUUCCGAGUGUCAGCUAGGUCCGCGCAGCGGAUCCACGUUGACGUCUUGUAUAGACAAGCGGCAAAUACUGAAUGAAUACCAGCUUUUUGAUUCCAAAACGUUUUGAAUACCUGGAUAGAUAGGUAAAGAUCGAAAAUAUAGGUAAAGAUCGCUUGCCAAAAUCUAGGUAGUCAAAAAGAUUCGGAGUCAAAAAUCUGGUAGUCAUUCAGUCUUUGCCUUUCAGUAUACUUCUUGAUCCCUUACUUCGUCGUUCUUUUUGUUCUCGGUAUUCCAAUGGCCGUUUUUGAACUUUCUUUAGCACAGUUUUCUUCAAUUCCACUGUACGGCAUGUUUGUACGAAUGGCUCCACUCCUUGGUGGUAUGAAAUUUUUAGCUGUUGAUAAUUCAAAAUGUAAUUUGAGGUAUUCCAUACUUGAUCUUGUCAUUGCGUAUUGUUUACACCGUUUUUAUUGCUUUUGAGCCCAGAUUCCUCCUAUACAUGUAUAAGUCAUUAGCAACUGUUAUUACUGAAAACAUUGAUUGGAUUAACUGCGAAAACUACAAAGGCGUACGUUGCUUUGAUCCCACUCUGUCAUGUGGAAUAAACGAAUUCCAAUUGAAUGGUAAAUGUGUGAAAGACAUACACAUUACUAAACUGGCCAGGUAUGACAAAAUAACUGCCACACGUUCCGACUCCAAUUACAGACAACAAGAUUAUGGGCUUUCGACUUAUUUUUCGUUCAGAGAACAAAGACUUGUGAGCCUCAUUCCUGCCCAAAUAUACAAGUGAGCAGGGGGUUUUUCUGUAGAGACAUUCUGCAAGGACUACGUGAGCACACCCCUUAACAUAACUUUAUUUUCGCUCAAAAAAAUAAUUUUUCUUUAAAAAAUGUUGUUCUUUUUAAAAAUCAUACAUUUCGGUUAGUUUCCAGGCCGAAAUCUCAUGAAAAUCAUCACUCUUAGAUAUUUAUACUCAAUUUACCGCUCUUGCCCCCUCGGUGUUUGCAGACUCAAUAAUUUCAGGAAAUGUUGGCUUGAGUCUGCAAACACCGAGGGGUAGGCUGGUCGAACAGGCGAUUUUAGGCGCCUGCGCCUGUUCGACCGGCCCAGUUUCAAAAAGUCUUGUGCGUAAAUAAGAUUUGAAUUUCGCGGCGGUAAUCGCUCGUUUGAAUUGGCUGGCACAGUCCCAGUGUACUACAAAGGACAUUAAUGGAGCGGGAGCCCACUUGCAUGCUUCAACUCGCGGUGUUAUUGCAGGGAAAUCAAAAGCUUGGAUAUAAUGGAUAAUGUCUUGGCAGCCCUUGUAUUUCUUUUAAUUACUGGCUUCAUAGCUUACAAAGGACAUCGAUUUUUUGCAUCGGUUCUAAAUAUCUUCUACUAAAAAUUGUUUCCUUUCUUUAGGUUGCUGGAUGUUUUGUUUUUCUACCAAUACUGGGAAUGAUUCCCACUAUAAUCGUCAUUUACUAUGACGUUACCUCAAGAAAAAAACACUUUUUUUAUAAAAUUGUGAAUAACAACGACAUCCGGAAGAUUUUCCGAUUGGAAUCAUGGCUCAAUGCGGCCAGAGUUGUAAGUCAUUAUCAUUAUCGUUAUUAUUUUAUAAAAAGCUAAUUGGAGUCUGUCCGUUUUUUUUUAUUCUUCCUUCCUUUCAUUCUUUUUUCUGGGCAUUUAAUUCUGGGAGUACAAAAUUCGGGGGUACAACAGGGGGCAAAUACUGAAUUACUACAAAAUUAAUUACUAUAUUUUUGAAAUACUAUACUGCUGAAUUACUAAAUGCGCUUAAUCACUAUAGAUUAUUAAUUACUAUAUCCUAGCUGAAUUACUACAUCUACUUAACUAUUAUAAUAGUGAAUUACUCCACGCACAAUCACUACACUUUAUCCGAAUCACUAACUUAAGACUCUCGGUAAACUUGAUCGCUUUUCAAGCUAUGAUCGCUUAGAAAACUUGAUGAAAAGAAAGCUAUAAGCGCGUGUGUGCAGAUUUUGCACUUCCCAAGUUGCUUAGUACGAUAAUCUAUUAUUUUUCGUUAUUGCGUUCAUUGCAUCUUUACUAUUAAACAUUAAAGCUGCAGUUUUAGAAAUUUACGUGAUCAUUUUGAAAAAUGGAUAUAUUAUAGGGGCACCGUACAGAAAUGGCGAUCUGUUGAGAAACUCUUUUUGCAGUGCAAAUUGAGCGACCUCGGGGCCGAGUUUGAAAAGUUAGGCCACGUUUUCAGUGGAAAAUUACUUCGCGGCCUAGAAAUUCGGACAGAUUGCGAACAGCGCGCACUUUCUGUCCGGUGCCCCUAUAAUAAAGUCACUUCAGUUCGCAACAGUAAAGACCUAUACUCACUUUACCGCUCUUGCCCCCUCGGUGUUUGCGUACUCAAGCCUAAUUUCAGAAAUUUUGGCUUGAGUCUGCAAACACCAAGGAACUUUGGUAAGCAAAAAAUGUAGGUAAAGAUUGUUUGCCCCUUUAGCAUUAUGAGGAUCCGAUUCAAAAAUGUUUCUAAUUUGUUAACGAGUUUUUCAGAGCGUCAAAACAGUUUACAUCGCGGAUGGUACGCUGAUGACACUCGGAAGUAUGGCUGGAUUUCGCCAUAAUUUUAUAAAGUAAAAAAAAAGAUAAUAGUGAACUACCAUCUAAUCUUCAGAGAUGCUAUUCUUUUGGCAGCUUCUGGUUCAGCCUAUCGGCUACUCCUGUGUUUUGGCAUUCUCCCUAUAAUUUACAUAGGAAACGAUAUCUUGUAUCCAUUUGCCAAAACUGUCUAUGGUUGGGUAUUACCAUGCCGAUUUUUAUAUCUAGAUAUACCUAGCCUACUUGAAGGGGAAAUAGAAGGAAACUGUCUCAGGGGGAUAAAGAGUUUAGAGGAAACAACAGUCACGGUCUCCAGAGCUUACAAUGGGCGCAAAUGCGCCCCUCCAAAUAGAGCGAUACACGGUCUCCAGAGCUGACAAUAUGGGCGUGGCCUCGGCCAAAUGGCGUUUUCAUGAAUUGUGCAGGUUUUCUCUAAUUUUUGUGGUCAAAGGCGAUGAAAAAUAGUUGUUCGACAUGAAAACACACUAAUUCUCAGAAUUAAUGACGUUUUGGCGCAUUUUUCGCGGACUGCUUUUUCGCCUUCGCCGCCGAUCGCCGCCGAUCGCCGCCUAAAAACCGCACUUCUCAUUUUGCGCUUUCUUGACCGUUUUCAGACAAAAUUGGUUUUGAGAAUGAUAAAUCACGUAAAUACAAGAAUUUUAAGCGCUCGAACCGCGAAAAUUACCGAAAAGCAACUGAAAUUCACGCAGUUUUAGCCAAAAACCUUCAAACGAAUAAAUGUGAUUUGCGACUUGACCAAAUUUAACGCUCUUGCGCUUAAAAAAUUUGUAAUAGCCUAUACAACCGGUCUAUCGAGAGACAAAUGAGAAAUUAUCGGGUUUCCGUGACUAAUCUAGCCAAAAACACAAAUUUUGCUGUUAAAAUUUGAUUUCGCGCCAAUGUAUCGCUCCAUUGGGCGGGGCGCACUUGCGCUCAUUGUCAGCUGCGCUUUUUAGGCGGCGAUCGGCGGCGAAGGCGAAAAAGCAAAGUCCGCGAAAAAUGCGCCAAAUUCUCAGAAUUAGUGUGUUUUCGUGCCGAACAAUCAUUUUUCAUCGCCUUUGGCCACAAAAAUCAGAGAAAACCUGCUCAAUUCAUGAAAACGACAUUUGGCCGAGGCCACCAUAUUGUCAGCUCUGGAGACCGUGGGCCCUCUGUUUGUCUCUUUGUUUAUUUCUCUGUUUGUUCGUUCCCACUUCAAUUCUGAAAAAAAAAUGUCCCGUAUUGUCAGCUCUGGAGACCGUGCAACAGUAAACUCAAUUCAUCGCUAUUGCCCCUCGGUGUUUGCAGACUCAAGCGAAAAUUUCUGAAAUUAGGCUUGAGUACGCAAACACCGAAGGGGCAAGAGCGGUAAAUUGAGUAUAGUUGAGAUGCGAUGAAGUAGUUGAGACAAAAAGAGUAAUUGAGGCGAUAUAGUAAUUGAGAAAAAAUGUAGUAGUUCAGUGUUUGCCGUGGCUCAAAAGCUUUAUUAAAAUAAAAAUCGACGAGAAAACAAGAAGUUUUAGCCGAAGGUGAUCUGGUUCAAUUCCACGCCAUCGAUAUAUUUUUCUCCGCAUUGCCAUCUUACUCUGUUUCCGGUGUCAGUUCAACAGCGGUAUUUUUCAUAUUCGCCGUACUCUAUGGUACAAUAAAUUUUGCGUUUAUUGCUUAUCAGGCAAGUUUUUUUUUUCUGAAUUCAGGAUGAGAUGCCACAAUUUGUCAAAAAGUGUCAAAAAGCGAACGUUUUCAUUUUUCUUCAAACUCGGUCCGAGAUCAUUGCAUUUCGCACUGAAAGAAUAGUUUCUGAACAGAGCGCGAUUGCAGUGAUAUGCCCCAUAAUUAGGAUUGGCAAACGGGCCCCACACGCCCCCCUUUGCCCCCGGGCCCUUAAAGUGUAAUUAAACUUCUGAAAAAAAGUUAGAAGAUUAAUUAGUUUAUUCACUAUCGGCGUGCGUUAAGAAAAUUUUGAUAAGAAAUCUUCUGAAUGAUAAGAAAUCUUCUGAACCAGAGUCAAUUGCAUAUAUUGCUUGUUAUAACAUUCCCAUUAACGUUCUAAAUUGAAGGUCAUAACGUUCGAGAUGUUAAUGCACUGGGUUCAUCAUGCGUUUCCUCGUGUGCUCUACUUAAAAAACAAAGAAACUAAAAUUUGCAUCAUAAUGGCUACUGUAAUUGUGCUUAUUACUUUAUUCUCUCUAAACUUGCCGGUGCGUUUUUCGAAAACUUUAGAAUUCAAGAUAAAACUCAAGUUAUCUGUUUCAGAUGAAGUUGCGCUAUGUCGGAUACAAGAAAGAGUCUGAAAUUGACGAGUACAUUGUCGGAUUAGUUUCGACGACUGUUCUCAUUGAACUUGUCUCCGUAACUAUCAUUUACGGAAACAAACGGCUCCUGAUAAAUUACCUGGUGAGCUAAAUUUAUGGCGACACUGUUUCACUCGCUAUUAAAGGACCAGGGAACCCUCAAAUUUUUUUAAAUUUUUUUUGGCUAUCUGAUGUGCCUCUUAUAUACAGGGUGGCGAUUAAGUAUGAAACGUUUCUAUAUUGUUGCUGCUGUCCGGAAAAAUUUUAAAUGUUCAAGGCCACUGUGCGAAAAUAUUGAAAACAGUCCAAAAUUUGAGUAUUCAAUAGAUUUUUGUGGUUGGUAUCUCUCGAAACCGCAGUUUUCAAAGCUUUGUCAAAAUAAAAAUGGAUUUCAGACAAUGUUGAAACACCAUCCAGGAACUUACAAGCUAGUUGAAAAGUUGAGAUAUUUCUUAUUUUUUAUGUGGACGAUUGUAUUGCCUGUCUCCUGUCUGGUAAAUCACAUUAUUUGAAAUAUGCAAAAACGGUUGAAAUGAAAAUUCCAGUUGUCUAUAGCUUCUGUCAUUAUAAAAAAAUAUCAGAUUUAUCAAAUGCCAGUCUUCACUUAUGCGCUUGUCAGUUGUCUGCCGGUGAUGUUUUUCAUGAGAAAAGUUGUAAAAUAUUAAUAAUCCUGUUCUACUUUCUGUUUUCCAGUUGGCUAUUUUUGUCGUCAAAAAAGAGUAUGUGAGCAUCCUUUCACAAACGCAUCACUGGAAACCAGUCAACGAAGGCCAUGCAAGAGAAACAGAGCACGAUGA